UUGACGGACAUGGACGUCCAAUUCUCCCAAUCAUUUCUAAUGGCGUUUACUUUGUUUAAUGCCAUUGACUGGCAUUAUUGUCCAUUCUAUUGAUAGACCUGAGUGGGGCUAAGAUCUGUAUCUCCACAGAGGAAAGACCCAGGUGUAAUUUCUCCCAAAAUUGUAGUUUCUAGUUGUUUUUGAUAUCCUGUGAGUUGUUACCUAAGUAUGUUGGAUAAAACUCCCUUGCCAUUUUCUUAUCACUGCUCAGAUUUGUUUAAAUUGUUGGUAAAUUGACACUAUCCCACGGGUACGCCUUAGAGUUUCCAGUCUAUUUGUUUUGUUUAAACCAGUCUUUGCAGUGGCUGCCUCUUUCAUAGAGAAUUGAGAUUGAGAGCACAGGGGGAGGGAUGUAUAAUACCGGAGCUUUAUGAAUAGCCGUUCGUUUGUUUUUACUCCAACAAAAAAGUUUGAGGUCGCCUCUGAGAGGGAGGACAGUGUUCAACAAUAGCUCAUUGUGCACUACAGCUUCUACUUUUUCAGGCUUAUAGUCUAAUCAGGCUCGCAUCUUUUGAAGGAAUACUUUCCCUACAAGCUGUCAAGUUGUCAGAGUUUUUGAGUGUGUGUUUCAUUGUCGGUGAGUAACAGCAUAGGUACUUCAAGGUACUACUCCAUACAGCCAGGAUUCGGAGAACAGGAAAUUGCACAACAAAGCAAACAGGAUAGAGUGAAGGGUUGUUCAUAGCAAUGGGGGGAAAAAAACUCAUUUUGUGCCAAUGUCUGUGGCUUUGCUCCAUAAUGUUCUGGAAUUUGUCUCUUUCCUUGAUCAAAACUUGUCCACAGGGACAGUGUUUUCCUGAAAACAGACGUAGUAGCCAAUUAAAUCAAUGGGAGUGGCUACUAGGCUAAUCCUCCACUCAUGUGACUCGACUGAAUCAUUAACCCUCCUUCAGUCAACUCCCCCUGCCUUCAACAAUUCGCUGAGAUGACAGCAGGGAGGGGAUGAUUCAGUUACUCUGAGAGCUGGGACGUGCUUGGGCUACGCAGUCCUGCUGAGGCCAUGCAGAGGAGACACAUAAAACAAGUGGGAGACGGUCGCUCAACAAAAUGACUGACAGGUGGAGUCACCCACAGCGCUUUAUAAUGGAAUGCAAGGAUCUGGAGCAAAGGAAUAAACCUCACUGACGAACAAACGGUAUCAGCCUUGGGAGGCUGAUCUAAUCGAGAAACAUGAAGAGCCCGGUGGUUUAUGGCAACCCUGUCAUGUUUGCUCCGGUGGACUGGAACUUUGCUCCUGAGGCCCCGGUGAGGAGGGGGAAGAGCGUGGAGGAGUUAGGAGAUGCUGGCUGGGCUAAGGAAAGAGAAAGAUUGGCUCAUCUUCAACAUUUACAGCAACUCCACCAACUUCAACAGCAACAGGUUGUAUAUCCUGGCUAUGGUGUUGCUCCUCCUGGACCGCCACAGCAAGCCAUUAUGGGAGGUAUGCCUGGUAACCCAGUUCCAAUUACUGGUUUUCCAAUGCCCAUGCAUGCUGGAAUGAUGCCUGUGCAUAGAGGCCCAUUAACUGUAGAGGGGGCAGUGCCACCACCCGUGCAUGUGGCAGCUCCAUGGCCAGCACAAUGGGAUAACCAAGGCCAGGGCAAACAAACAAGCUGGGAAUAUGAUGAACAUCAAAAGUCAUCUUAUACAGACAAGAGGCCUCAAGGACAGAAUGUUUACUACCAUCCAGGUUCACAGGACGGUCACUUAGAUGUGAGGAUAUCGGAAUGGAAAGGCAAACAUUGUUUCUACCAAGGCCCAGAUGAUUAUGACCAGGACUACCUCCAAGUGCCUCAAAAAAAUGACAACAGGAAUCAAGAAGACUAUGCCAAAUUGGAUGAGGAUAGAAGACGAGACAACAGAGCCAGAGACAGCCGACGUAACUCUGAUGGUUAUGGCCAUAGGAGUCACAGAGAAUCAGAUGAGUAUGAUUAUAGGAACAAAUCCAAGUACAGAGAUAAUUAUGACAGAAGAAAGCAUGACCGCUAUGAUGACAGGGGUUAUUACGAGGAGAAGAGACAUCGCACGCAAGAUCUGCAGGGACAUGACAGGUACAAUAGUGAAUAUGAAGACUACUAUGACGAUGCUCGAAGAGACGAUCCACGAAAUCUUGAUCGUUAUUACGCGCAAGACAGGGACUAUCAUGAUACAAUAGACAGUAAGCGCUAUAAAGACAAAGACCAAUAUAGAGACGACUACCAUAACAGAGAGCGACAAUAUAGGGAUAAGUACUAUGACCGGUGUUCAGAAGAUGCAUAUGACCCCAGAGAAGAAAGUUACAAAGAUAAGGAAGUCUACAAUCGAAGAGGUGAAGAAAACUACUCGAACAGACAGAGAAAGCAGUAUGAAUCUGAAUUUGUUGAACGUAGCAGUGAUAAGAGGGACCGGUACUAUAGAUAUAAGGAUGCAAGAGAUGAAAGGAGAGAUGAGUACUAUGACCACAGACGGCGGGACGACUACAGAGAAAAGGAGUACUAUGAACAUCAGGACUCCUAUGAUUAUGAGAAUGAAGGCCGCCACAACCAUACGGAAAACGACCCCUUCGAAUCCAGAGAUGAUGGAAAUUCUCACCACAAACCCAGAGACAAAUAUCGAGAUUUGCGUUCAUUAUCGGUGGAUUCGCGUUUCGAGGAAUACCCGAAAAAGGAACGCAAAACGCACUGUGAGGAAUGGGUCGAAGAGCAAAACAAGAAGUUGGCGCUCAGACAAAUGCGCUCCUUUGAGGAUCCCAUUAUUUACAACAGGACCGAGGAGCAGGAAAAAGGAUACGAGUCAAGUGCCGGAAAAUCUGGUCCGAAACGUGGUCGGAAGCCUGUUUAUGUGGGUUCCUUAGAUCGCAACAGCUUCUACAGAAAGACUGCUCCCACCUCCCUAAGAAAGUCACCCUUCGCCACUAACAGGAAGCCAAACCAAGAAAUGACACAACUAUCACCCCAGCCCGAACCAUUGAAGCCCGUGUCGCCUGCUGACGCUGCUACUACCGCCGACGCUGAAGACCCUGAUCUUAGGAUGCUGGAGAAGCGGUCCAAAGUAAUCGAAGAACUGCUGCAGACAGAGAAGGACUACAUCAAGGACCUGCAGAUGUGUGUGGUAGAGAUUGUUGAACCACUGCAGAAGAAACAGGUGAAGAACGUGGACUUUGACGGACUUUUCGGCAACAUCAGCUCUGUUAUUAAUCUGUCACAGCGGCUAUUUGAAUCACUGGAGGAAAACGACUCUAUUGGAAAGGUUUUUCUGGACUUUAAAGCGGAACUGGAAGCUGUGUACAACGUAUACUGCCAGAACCACAACGACGCCAUCUCGCUGCUAGAGGCGUACGAGAAAGACGAAAACAUCCAGCGCCAUGUGUUGGAGUGUCUGGAGAGGCUGAGGGCCAUAUAUCGAGAGUGGGGUAAAACAAACUACAUCAACCUGGGUUCCUUCCUCAUCAAGCCGGUGCAGCGGGUCAUGCGCUACCCGCUUUUGCUCAUGGAGUUGCUGGGAGCAACGCCUGAGAGCCACCAUGACCGACCCCAGCUCGUUUUGGCCCUACAGGCUGUCAAGGAGAUUAACGUGAACAUCAACGAGUACAAGCGCCGCAAGGAUCUUGUGGUGAAGUACAGGAAGGGUGAUGAGGACACAUUCAUCGACAAAAUCUCCAAACUAAGCAUGCAUUCCAUCAUAAAGAAAUCCAACCGUGUCAGCAGCCACAUCAAGCACCUGACGGGAAUUUCCCCCCAGAUUAAAGACGAGGCGUUUGACGAGGCUGAAAAGAGGUUCCGGCUGCAGGAGAGGCUCAUUAAGUCUUUCAUCCGGGAUAUUUCCUUGUACCUUCAGCAUAUUAGGGAAUCAGCUUCUGUGAAGGUGCUGGCUGCCAUCAGCUUUUGCGAUAUCUACACCGAGCGAAAUAUUCCAGACACAGAGCGAUUCCACAGGGCCCAUCGUUGCAUCAGCGACAAACAGUUCACCGAAUUUAAGGAGCGCACAGAAGCUUUGGUCAUCAACCCGCUUACACAGCUGCUGCUCAUGUUCGCCGGACCUCACAAGCUGGUUCAAAAGCGCUUCGAUAAGCUGCUAGACUAUGACAACUGCAAGGAGCGUGCGGAUCGCCUCAAGGACCGGCGGGUUCAGGAUGAGUUGCAGGUGGCGCGUAGCAACUAUGAGGCGCUUAACGCCCAACUUCUCGACGAGCUCCCCAAGUUUCAUAGCGCCGCCGAAGAGCUCUUCACUGGUUGCGUGACAGCCUUCGCUCAGGCGCAGAAAGAUUUCAUGAAGACGACCCUUGGAGAGCUGAAGCCUCUUGUGCAAGUUUUUUCACGCAUUGCCGGCACUGAGGGUAACUUGGUGGCCCAGUUUCAAGAAGAGUAUGGCCGCGUUCUUCAGCUUCUGCAGAGCUUUAGCUUUUGCCCUGAAAACCUUCCCACAACGGUCGCCACAACCACCACUACAACUGUCGCCCCAAAUAAGAAAACCAUGGAGAAGCAGAGCUCGAAAAAGCAACUUCAAGCAUCCCCCAACUGCAUCUUGCAGACCGAUGAGCACCGAACCGCCUUAAUGACACGCUACGGUCCUGGAAAACUCUUCCAGGCUGAGAGGAACUUCAAUGCUGCCCAGGAUUUAGAUGUAUCCAUCCAGGAGGGGGACUUGGUGGGCAUCAUCAAGCAACAGGACCCAAUGGGGAGCAACAAUCGCUGGCUGAUUGAUAAUGGCGUCACUAAGGGUUUCGUGUACAGCUCCUUCCUCAAGCCCUACAACCCUCGCAGGAGUCACUCGGACGUGUCCAUCGAGAGCCAAUCUUCCAACGAGUCGGGUUACGGAGGCUCCUCGCCCGUUUUUUCACGCCAGAACAGCAACAGCACGCUGAUCUUUAACCAAGAGACGACGACUGUCAGUUUCUCCACAACGCAGCCCCAGUCUCUUGACUCCACGCCAUCUCAUGGGCCUCACCCUGACUCUGCCAGUCAAAGCGAUUCCUCACCAAGGAAUCGCUCCAUUCGCAAGGAGUUUACAGAGCGCCGACCCACCUCCGGUCACAGGAAUGCAGAGUAUUCCCAUCAACAGUCUAGCCGCCACAGAGACUCGUAUGACGCCAGUCACCCCAGCCCGAGCGACCAGUCCGAGACGGACUCUUACUCUUCGAACAGAAAUGGCUCGCAACAGAGACAUGUCGACAAAGCUUAUAAUUCUUACCAAAGGCGGAACAAUGACCACAAGAAGGCCGCCUACUCUCAAGACGACUUUAGUGAGCCCGAAUCUGAACAAGACGGCGAAAUGGAUGGAAAUCAGAUCUACUUUGCCCUGUACUCCUUCAGCGCUCGUUGCGCUAACGAACUGAGUAUUUCCGCCAAUCAGCGUCUGCGCAUUCUGGAGUUCCAGGACAUGAACGGCAACGCUGAAUGGUGGCUGGGCGAGGCCGGCGGCAGGCGAGGCUACGUGCCUUCAAACUACAUCCGGAAAUCAGAGUACACCUGAGCAUAUUUUUGAGACGAGACUGUUAAAGUGUACGCAACACAACCGCGAACAAGCGGCUUGUUUUUGGAGUGACUGACUUUUGCUCCUAGUCAUAUGCCUAUUUAUAGAGUUUUUGUAUUUUUGUACUUUCCAUUGAACCUUGCUGAAGUCAUGAGGACAAUGCUUUGAGUAUUAAUGAGAAUAGCACAUCGGGAAAACUUAAAAGGAGACAGUGUUGUUGUUUUUUUAAAAAUUUUCUACCCGAUCACUGUGGUCUUUGCACUUUCUCCUUUUGGCUUUGUAUGAAUGAAUGGUGUGGCUGACCAUUCGCAACAAGCGUGAGGCACUUAAUGAGGUUGCCGUUUGAGGAGAGUAUGUUUUUUUUUUU